GCAGUGAGACAAUUGAAAGAUAGUACAUACAUAGGCGUGGGCUCGGACAACCUUCUCUACACAAGAACCAGUUUGACUACUAAUUGGAAUCUAGUUCCAAACAGUGGUCCUGUCAUUGCAACGGUCCAGCUAAGCGAUAGUAGCUUUCUGGGUAUUGAAACCGAUAAUUUGCUUUACACGCGUGCAACUGUAACAAGCAAUUGGGUCAUUAUUCCAAGUCCAGACAUAUUCUUAGCAGUAAGACAAUUGAAAGAUGGGACGUACCUCGGCGUUGGUUCAGAUAACAAGCUCUACACACGAACCACUUUAACUACUAAUUGGAUAUUAGUUCCGAACACCAGUGGUGUUCUUUCAAUCACACAACUCACUGACAGCAGCUUUGUAGGUGUUCUAACAGAUAACCAACUCUAUACACUAGCAAGUUUAACCAGCAAUUGGGUAAUUGUGCCACGAGGAGAUACACUUCUUGAAGUUAGACAGACCCAAGACGGCACAUUUCUGGGUGUUGGUACAAAUAAUAUCCUUUAUAUACGGUCUAGUUUAACAUCGAGCUGGAUUAGUGUACCGAAUAAUCAGCCGAUGAUCAGUGUCACAAAAUUAACCGAUCACAGUUUCGUGGGUGUCUCGACCGAUAACACAAUUUACACACAUGACAGGUGGAGUGGGAACUGGAAUAGUGUGGGAAGAAGCGACGUUUUCUAUUCAAUUGGAGAGUUCGCAGAUACCACCAUUCUUGGUUUGAAUACUAAUGGCUUGCUUUGGACACGUGCUAGUCUCACUGCAAACUGGGUAAUCGCUGCAGUGGCCGGCGCCGUUGCACGUGCUGCUAUUAUGAAUGACGGAACAUUGUUAGGCUUAGGUACGGAUUAUAUAACAUUCUAUACUCGUUCAAGCUUGACCAGCACUGUCUGGACCGCAGUUCCUAGAACAGAUUUCUUUCUUGUAGUAAGACAAUUAAAGGAUGGCACUUAUAUUGGGGUAAAGACCGAUAAUAAUGUAUAUACAUGUACAAGUUUGACUGCUCGAUGGACCAUCGUUGCAAAUAGCGGACCGAUGAUUUCAGUUUCGCAACAAAACGAUGGCACGUUUAUUGGCGUUGGAACAGAUAGCUCCGUUUAUACACGAGCGACUUUGACUAGUAACUGGGUGACUGUGACAAGUAGCAGUCCCGUCAUUGAUGUGAUUCAGCAAGCUGAUAACACAUAUCUUGGUAUAGGAACAGAUAAACAACUAUACCAAAGAACAGAUCUCACCAGUAGCUGGGUGGCUGUCGUAAACAAUGUUUCCAUCAUUAGCAUAACGCAACUAAAAAAUGGUAGUUAUCUUGCUGGUGGCGUAGAUAAUCAGCUGUAUGUACGUCCCGAUCUGAUCAAUGGCUGGGUUGUUAUUCCAAGUAGCGGUGCCGUGAUUUCUGUUACACAACUCAACGAUACUAGUGUCCUUGGAGUUGGAACAUCACAGACGCUGUUUAAACGUGAUACCCUGACUAGUGGAUGGUAUAGUAUAGACACAACAGAAAAAUUCAUAGGAAUGAUACAACUUAAAGAUAAUACUUUUCUUGCUGUUGGCAAUGAUAACAAUCUCUAUACACGUGCAACUUUGACUACCUAUUGGACUUUAGUACCUAACAGUUGUUGCGUGAUUUCAGUCACACAGCUAAGCGAUAGUACUUUCCUCAGUGUCGGUACUGGUAAUUCGCUCUUCACACGCGCCACCAUAUCCAGCAAUUGGGUUGGUGUUGCUAACAGUGGUGCUGUUAACGCUGCUAUCCAACGCCGUGAUGGUACAUAUCUCUUUAUCGGAACAGAUCGGACGCUGUCAUACACAAGAGCUACUUUAACCAGCGCCUAUGUUUCUAUCCCUCGAAUUGAUCUAUUCCUUACUAUCAGUCUAAAAAACGAUGGCACACUUUUAGCUGUUGGGCAAAAUAAUAUGCUGUACACACGCACUGGCGUUUCUAGCGAUUGGUGGGUCUUAACGAACCUUGGAUCAUCGAUUGCAGCUAAUCAAUUAAGCGAUGGCACAUUCCUUGGUGUAGGCACUAACAAUAGGCUAUACACAUCCACUAGUUUAACAAGCACCUGGACAAUUUCGAGCAGCGCAACACUUUGUCUUACAGCCUCUCAGCUUUUAGAUGGUACAUUUAUAGGUGUCGGAAUGGAUCAUAUGGCUUACACGUUUACGACGUUAACCGAUACCUGGAAUAUUGUUGCACGAUUCGAUAAAUACCUUAGCAUCGAUCAGGUAAACGAUGGUUCGUUCCUUACUGUCGGCAUUGACAAGCGGUUGUCUACACGUUCGACGUUGCCGAUAAAUUUUUUGACUGUACCAACAAACGAAUUACUCCUUUCUGUUUCACAAAUGCAAAAUGGUACGAUUCUUGCCGUUUGGCUAGAUAACACAGUUUACAUGCGUAGUUCUCUCACUAGCGAUUGGGUCAACAUCCCUAACAGUGGUGCAAUCGUUGCCAUUAUGCAGCUCCUUGAUGGUACAUUUCUUGGUCUCGGCACAGAUUAUAAUCUAUAUACGCGGCCUACUCUGAAUGCUAACUGGAAUUGGGUGCCCUCUAGUGGAUCCGUUAUAUCAAUCACACAAUUAAGCGAUGGCUCAAUAAUUGGUGUUGGAACCAAUCACUAUCUUUACAGCCGUACUACUGUGGGAAGCAACUGGGUCCAAGUUUCAACAACCAGCACGGGCACCAUAGCAGUUACGGUGUUGCAAGACGGAACGUUUCUAGGUGUUUCACAGAACUAUCAACUGGCCACAGCUGCCACUAUCACAAGCAGUUGGGUACCUGUGUCAAACAGUCCCUAUGUAAUUUGGGUGACGCAACUUCUCGAUGGAUCCUUCCUAGUGGUGGGCACUGAUUAUCAACUCUAUUCACUCGCUACACUAAACGCCGCUUCUAUACCUGUUCCGCGUGGAACAGGCGCUAUUUCAGCUUCACAACUUGCCGAUAACUCAUACAUGAUCGUUGCACCAGAUAAUACAUUGUCAACAACAACAACAUUGACGAAUAGCGGUACGCCAGUCACGCCCAGCAUUCCACUCAUCGAUGUUACUCAGAAAAGUGAUGGCACCUUCAUCGGUCUCGGUGUGGGUCCUGACCACAUGUUAUACACACUUGCUAGUUUGGGUAGCGCUUUAGUUGCUGUACCCAACAGCAGUCCAGCCAUUGAUGUUUUUCAAAAGAAUGAUGGCACUUUUGUUGGUUUGGGCACUGAUAACCUUGUUUAUACUCGAGCUACUUUACCAGACAGCUGGGUAAUUUUACCGAGAACAGAUAUCUUCUUAAGCAUUGCACAGUUGCAAGAUGGUACAUUCCUUGCUGCAGGAUUCGAUCAAAAUCUUUACACACGCAACACAUUGACUAGCAGAUGGGCAAUGGUUCCAAACAGUACACCUUUGGUGACAGUGACUCAGCUUAGUGAUAAGUCGUUUGUCGGUGUGGGUCCGGAUCACAUGUUAUACACACUUGCUACUUUGGGUAGUGGUUUAGUUGUUGUAUCCAGCAGCAGUCCAGCCAUUGAUGUUGCUCAGCAAAGUGAUGGCACUUUUCUUGGUUUAGGCAUUGAUAACCUUGUCUACACUCGAGCGACUUUAACAAGCAGUUGGGGGAUAUUGAAGAGAACUGACAUUUUCCGAAGUAUUACUCAGUUGAUAGAUGGCACGUAUCUUGCUGUUGGGUUUGACAACAUGCUUUACACGCGUAUCACAUCAAGUAACAGAUGGACUAUGGUUCCGAACAGCGGUAUUCUGAUUGGGGUAGUUCAGCUUAGUGAUGGAUCUUUUCUAGGUGUUGGUCCAGACAAUAUUCUGUACACAUUGACUACAGUUGGGAGCAAUUUGGUGGCCGUAUCGAACAGUAGUCCUGUGAUCGAUGUUUGGCAGCAAAGUGAUGGCAGUUUUAUAGGUGUUAUGAAUGAUAACCUACUCUAUAUUCGCGCCAGUUUAACAAGCAGCUGGGUUUUAGUAAAGAGAACUGAUCUAUUCCUUGGUAUCAGUCAAUUGAAAGAUGGUACAUUCCUUGGUGUUGGUAUUGACAAAAUGCUCUAUGUGCCCACUACUUCAGUAAUGCGAUGGUCCAUCGCUCCUAACAGUGGUCCUGUUGUUGCUAUUACGCAGAUUAAUGAUGGUUCAUUACUCGGUAUUGGGCCUGAUACAUCGUUAUACACACGUAGUACUUUGAGUAGCAGUUGGAUUGUUAUCCCGAACAGCAGUCCAGCCAUUGAUGUUUCUCAACAAAGCGAUGGCACUUUCAUAGGACUUGGAACUAAUAAUCUUGUUUAUACACGACAGUCUUUGAAUAGUAACUGGGUGAUACUUCCGAGAACUGAUGUCUUCCAAAGUAUCACUCAGUUAACAGAUGGCACAUUUCUUGGUGUUGGUACGAAUAUGAUAAUGUAUACACGUAAUACUUCGAACAACAGAUGGAGUAUAGUGCCAGACAGUGGUCUUAUGGUGGAAGUGAUUCAACUUAAUGAUGAUUCACUCGUUGGUGUAGGUUCUGAUAACGCUACAUACGCUCGUGCCAAUUUGACAAGUAAUUGGAUUAUGGUUCAGAACAGCACUCCAGUCAUUAAUAUCUGUCAGUUAAGUGAUGGCAGUUUUCUAGGUAUUGGUACUAGCAAUGUACUUUAUACUCAAGCGACUCUAUCCAGCGACUGGAUCAUAAUUUUUAGAACUGACCUCUUUCUUAGUAUUAGCCAACUAAGAGAUGGAACAUUUGUUGGGGUAGAUACGGAUAGAAUGCUGUACACACGGACGAUCUUGAGUAGUAGAUCCGCUAUCGUGCCUAACAGUGGCCCGAUGUUGAGCGUAACGCAGCUUAGUGAUGGUUCAUUUAUUGGUGUAGGCCCUAAUAACAGCACAUACACUCGUGCCAGUUUGACAAGUAAUUGGGUUGCUGUGCCAAAUAGUAGUCCAAUCAUUGAUGUUUCUCAGAAAAGUGAUGGCUCUUUCAUUGGUAUCGGAAUUAAUAAUCUUGUUUAUACGCGACAGGCUUUAAACAGUAAUUGGGUCAUGCUCCCGAGAACGGACGUUUUCCAAAGUAUUACUCAGUUGCAAGAUGGUACUUUUCUUGGUGUUGGUUUAGAUGAAAUGUUUUACACGCGCAAUAGAUCUACUGAUCGAUGGACUAUGAUUGAAAACAGUGAUCCUAUCAUUAGAGUGACUCAAAAUAAGGAUGGUUCGUUUCUUGGUAUUGGCCCUGAUGAUAUAGUAUACAGCCGCGCUAGUUUGACAAGUAGUUGGAAUGUUGUGCCUAAUAGUAAUCUAACCAUUGAUAUUUCGCAGAAAAGUGAUGGUACUUUCAUAGGACUUGAGACUGAUAAUCUUAUUUAUACACGACAGUCUUUGAAUAGUAACUGGGUUUUGCUGCCUCGAACGGACAUUUUCAAAAGUAUUACUCAAUUGAUAGAUGGUACGUUCCUUAGUGUUGGUAUAGAUGGUAUGCUGUAUACACGGAGUACAUCAGCUAGCAGGUGGUCGAUGGUGUGGAAUAGUAAUUUGUUCAUAGCAGUCGCACAACUUAGUGACGGUACAUUUUUGGGAGUUGGCUCUAAUAAUAUGCUAUAUACAAGCGUAAAUUUGACAGGCAAUUGGGUUAUUGUGUCCAAUAAUAGUUCAGCUAUCGAUGUUACUCAGCAAAGUGACGGAACUUUGUUAGGUAUAGGCACUGAUAACUUAUUGUACACCAGCGCUAGUUUAACAAGCAGCUGGGUUGUUGUCGCAAGAACAGAUCGAUUUACCAGUAUCAGCCAGUUGAAAGAUGGCACUUUUGUUGGUACUGGUUUAGAUAAAAUGCUAUAUACGCGUACAAAUCUGACGAAAAAUUGGGUCAUGAUACCGAAUACUAAUUCUGCUAAUGAAAUAUUACAGUUGAAGGAUGGAAGCAUUUUAAUGGUUGGCAUGGAUAACAUUCUUUAUACAGCUGCUAGUUUAAAUGGUACCCGAGUGCAGGUGCCAAGCAACGGUUCGGCUAUUGGAACUGCACAGUUCAGUAACGGUAUGAUUCUUGUUGUAGACACGAAGAACAUGUUGUACAAAUGGGAAAAUUUUAAUGCUAACUGGGUUUUGGUUACAAACGGCGGUGGUAUGAUUGGAAUAGCAGCUCUCUCAACAUAG